AUGGCCCCGCUGUGGUGGCUGCUGGGCUCGCUGGUGGCCGCGGUGGCGGGCGGGGGGUCGGUGGAGCAGCCCCCCGCCUCCGAACCCGCCUGCCCCGUGUGCCUGUGGCGGCGGCAGAGCAAAGAGCUGCGGCUGGAGAGCAUCAAGUCGCAGAUCCUGAGCAAGCUGCGGCUGAAGGAAGCGCCCAACAUCACCCGGGAGGUGGUGAAGCAGCUGCUGCCCAAGGCCCCCCCGCUCCAGCAGCUCCUGGACCUCCACGACUUCCAGGGGGACUCGCUGCAGCACGACGAGUACCUGGAGGAGGACGAGUACCACGCCACCACCGAGACCGUCAUCAGCAUGGCCCAGGAAACGGACCCGGCGGUGCAGAUCGAGGGCAACCCGCACUGCUGCUUCUUCAACUUCAGCCCCAAGAUCAUGUUCACCAAGGUGGUGAAGGCGCAGCUGUGGGUGUACCUGCGGCCGGUGCAGCACACCUCCACCGUGUACCUGCAGAUCCUACGCCUCAAGCCCGUCACGGACGAGGGCAGCCGCCACAUCCGCAUCCGCUCGCUCAAAAUUGAGCUCAACUCGCGUGCAGGGCACUGGCAGAGCAUCGACUUCAAGCACGUCCUGCAGAACUGGUUCAAGCAGCCGCACAACAACUGGGGCAUCGAGAUCAACGCCUUCGACCCCAACGGCAACGACCUGGCUGUCACCUCGCUUGGGCCUGGAGCCGAGGGGCUGCACCCGUUCAUGGAGCUGCGUGUCCUGGAGAACAACAAGCGUUCCCGGCGGAACCUGGGGCUGGACUGCGACGAGCACUCCACGGAGUCGCGCUGCUGCCGCUACCCGCUCACCGUGGACUUCGAGGCAUUCGGCUGGGACUGGAUCAUCGCCCCCAAGCGCUACAAGGCCAACUACUGCUCGGGCCAGUGCGAGUACAUGUUCAUGCAGAAGUACCCGCACACGCACCUGGUGCAGCAGGCCAACCCGCGCGGCUCGGCCGGGCCCUGCUGCACGCCCACCAAGAUGUCCCCCAUCAACAUGCUCUACUUCAACGACAAGCAGCAGAUCAUCUACGGCAAGAUCCCCGGCAUGGUGGUGGAUCGCUGCGGGUGCUCUUAG